AUGAAAUCACCGAAUUAUGAAGCUAUAGAGCUACAGGGUAAUCCAGUUUCACGAGCAAAUGAAGAAGAUGCUAUAUAAUAGCAUGGAAGACUUUCUCAUUUGUUUUAAACUUCUCCACAAAAAAGGAAUAAUCUUAGAAGAAAGUCAACUAUUCUUGGAAGUUCUAAAAAGAAUGCUUUUGAAAAUAGCAGAAUUACAAGACUUUAUUUUGAAAGAUAUAGGGUUUUAGAAUUAGGCAGAAUGUGGACAAUUUGUGCAAGUAUUGUUCUUAUGAUCCUUGAAGUAAUGGGUGAUUUAUUAUAUAGUAUGAAGUCUCGUUUGCCUAUUAAUUGAAAGAUAUAUACCAAGAAGAAAUUAAAACAUUGUUAUAUCUUAUUCUUUUCCUCACAAUUAUAUCUAGUAUAUUGAUAGCCUUAUUUAGUUAUAAUGACAUUAAUGGCAUAUUUAGCAGAACUUGAAUUUAAGAAACGCUCUCUUACAGUACCUAAUGCUUCCAAUAUAUUUUAAACUAAUCUCAUCUUUCUUUUGCUAAUUGAAACAACCAUAUUACUUCCUUGUCCAACACCUUAUACAAUAUAAUAUAAAGUUUCAUUUUCUCAACGAUAUUCUGAUUAACCGAGAUUUUAUUUCGUAAAUGAAAUACUUACUUUUGUAAUGCUAUUUAGAACCUUACUUAUUUUGAAUAUAGCAUUUAAAUUCCAACCUUUUUAUUCUAAUAGAGUAAAUAGAUUAUGGUAUUUAAUAAUUUCAUUAUAGUGGCAUAUAUUAAGUUGAAUUUGGUCCUCAUUUCAUUUUUAAAGUAAUGAUUAGAGAACAUCCCUAUUCCACUCUAUUUGGUCUUUUUUGUAUUGGAAUUUUCUUGUUUUCUUACUAGUUAGAAAUUUCUGAGAGAUCAUUACUAAGAACAACAACUGAAAUUGAUCAUUACAAUAUAAAUAAUUCCCUAUGGGUUUGUAUGAUUACUAUAUUUACAGUUGGGUAUGGAGAUAUCUACCCAACUACUGAACUUGGAAGAUUAGCUAUGACUUUAGGUUUAUUUUAUGGUGUAGCUUUGACAUCACUUUUUACAGCUAUACUUUAUGCUGAUUUAUAACCAUUUGUUUCAGAAUUAAGAUCUAUUACUUUAUUAGAUAAAACUAAUAUAAAAAUGGAUAUUAGAUAAGUUGCUGAGAGAAUUCUCUUAAAUUUUUAUAAAUUAAAUACUUACCUACAUAAGUAUCAAGUAAAAAAUAGUAUAAAUGAUCCUGCAACUUUGAAUAGAGUUAGUCAGAUCUAGGCUCUUCUUUAAGAAGGAUAGUAACUUAAAAGGUAUUGAUAUAUUACUUAUUACAGAAAUUAUCGAUCAAUUGACAAUGAGGAUUUUAUUGCUAUGACUGAUAGAUAUUUUAAGGAUAUGAAUAAUAGAAUUAAAGAUUUCAGAGAUAUGUUAUAAAAAAUGAAAUAUCAAUAAUUAUCUAUCAAUAAAAGCGAGACUCCAAGAAUGAGAUCCAUAUAGAAGUAAUGUCAUACAAUUACUGCAGCUAGUUAUGAUGUAAAAAGCAAAGAUGAUCAAUAUUUUGAAUAGUUAAUUGACUCUGAAUCUAAUAAUUAAUAACUUAUGUAAUUUAAUGAUGAUGAAUGA